AGUGACGAGCCUUAUGGCGGGACCUAUUUUUAUGUCAAGAAUCUCGUGAGUGAAAACACAAAAUAUCAUCUCCCUCUCUCUCGUAUCCCAAUUCAUCAAUCCAACCCUUAGAACAAGUCAACACAAACAUAUAAUUCUUCCAUCUUCUUCGUUCAUCUUCUGAUGACUCAAUCCAUGUCUCACAAACCCACACUCGACACAUGCGUAUUACAGCUACGAACCUGGAAACCGUUCCACCAAAUCCACGAUCAUGGCUCCCACUCCCACAACAACAACAACAUCAACAAACGACCUUGUCUCUCCGACCGAACCACCACUUCUUUUUCCCUUGACCUCUCCAAACUAACCCUCACCGACAACAAUCCCCCCGCCAAUUACCGUCUCAUCGCUCGCAAACGCCGCCGCCGCGGUUCCAGAUCUGUUUCCGGUCGAAGUAGCGAUCGCAGCGCCACAAGACGUUGCUGCUCCGUCGGUGCUUCCGCUGCUUACGGAACUUGCUCCGAUUUUCCGGUGGCGAUGGGGACUGAUUCAAGCGGGGAACUUUUUGGCAAUGGGGAUGCGAAUUGGUCUUCUGAUGUGAGUGAAGCGAAGAAUUCGAGGGAUUGUGGUGGAAGUGGAGAGAAAGAGAAGGAAAAGGAGAAUGUGGGUGUUGGGUUUGGGGUGAAUGGGUGUUCUGAUGCGAAUGGGAAUGAAUCUGGGUAUGGGAGUGAACCGGGUUAUCGUGGAGAUGCUGAAUUUGGGUAUGGUGAUGAAUUUGAUGAGGAAGAGGAUGAUCAUAGACUUUUGUUUUGGGGUAAUCAACUUGUUGGAGCUGUAGAUUCCAAAAUGGAGAUGGUUGGGGAGAACACCUUGCUAGAUCAAAAAUCUCAUCAUAGAUGCCGUCGUAGAAAGAAUGAUUGUAGAAUGAUUGAUGCAUUAAGGUGAUGAUUGCACAAAAUUCUGUCUUUCCUUGAAAAAAGGAGUCUGGGACUGGUUUAUUUUGUGCAUGAACUGUGUGGCUUUUAGAGUAUCAUCUGGUCCUGACCCAUUUGCCAAAUCAAUAUCCGGAGUAUAUAUUAGUAUGAUAUAGGUUUGGGAUCAUUCAUAUUCUUAAACAUAUUCUGAUCCAACUAUUGAAAUGAUGUACUUGAGAUAAUGACAUGUGAGGAACAAGGAAUGAUGACUAAAAAUAUUGAGCUUUUCUCAGUUGUUUGAGAUGUGUUACAUGUAUGUUCCGGAACUUUUAAUCUCAGUCGGACAAAUUUCAAAGAAAAGAUUUGUAAGUAAUAAUCAAAUUAGCCAAGGUGUUAUGAG